CAAACAGUGCCGAGACCGCUUCCGGUUUCAGCACCCGGAACCACCGCCUCUAGUGAUGGACGGUCAGACUCUGCGAAAGGCUGAGAGAAGCCGGUCCUGCUCUCGGGAGAACAAGGAGGGUUACACUAAGGACAUGGUGACAGACUUUGAUGAGAAACAUGAUGAGUAUUUAAUAUUGCUUCAGCAGAGGAACCGGAUAUUAAAGCAUUUGAAAGCCAAGGACCCCGUGCAGCUGAGACUGGAGCACUUGGAGCAGGGCUUCUCUGUCUACGUCAACGGGGCCAAUUCGGAGCUGAAGGCGUCGCCACGGAGAGCCGUCCACUCCCACGUCUCCAGAAGUGCCUCGCAGGCCGAGGGGGCACAGGAUUAUGGACGAAGAACCCUGUUUCGAGAAGCUGAAGAAGCUUUAAGACGCAAUUCACGGACAGCCCCCAGCAAAGCCCAGCGCCGCGGAUGGCACCAGAAAUCUGUGCAGAUCAGAACAGAAGCUGGUUCGCGGCUCCAUAUCGAACCUCCUCUGGACUAUUCUGAAGAUUUUGAGCCACAUGGGGACACGACUGUUACUGCAAAGGAUGCUUCUGGGGGUCGCCCACAGGAUUCCAAACCUCCGACCGGCACCACACCCUGUGAUGUUAACUUCUUCUCCCUUCAGAACGCUCAUGGACAUUCCGACCUUCCAAGUAGUACGGACAAAGCAAGGAUCCUCUUAACUAUCCAGGAUGUAAUGGAGCUCAGAAAAAGCCUAGAACUUAGUGUAAAUCUACAAAGGAAGCAAAAGGACUGUUCCAGUGACGAGUAUGACUCCAUUGAAGAGGAUGUGCUCUCUGAGCCCGAGACUGAGGACCAGGCCCUGGGGGGCAGUCCCAGACAUGGCACCCCUCUUUCCAGGGGGGACUCCGUGCAGGAGGAUGUUCCUGAGGACCAGGAGACGGCAGGACACCCUUCCCGGGGCCCAGACACCCUCGUGGUGCUGGAAUUCAACCCGGCUUCCAAAGGUAAUAAAAAGGAGAGGAAUUUGUCUGCUAAGCGAAAGGACAAUGCUGAGGCCCUCGUUCCCAGCAAACGAGAGCCAACCCCGACUCCCCAGCCCCCCACUGUGUUCCCAGACCGGGAGAGGCCAUGUUCAAGACCUGGAAGCCGACGGGAGAGACUCCCAUCAGCAGCCCGAAAACCUGUGCUCCAGGCUGAGGACCGGCAGGAAGACGCAUCAGCUGUGCUCCGAGCCAUCCAGGUGGAGAAUGAAGCCCUGCAGAGGGCGAUCCUGAGCAGAAGGGCCGAGCCCCCCACCAGCCAGCUGCAGGGCGUGGAGGAACCCCCAGCAAAACCGUGGACUGGUCUGCUGAAGGCACAGGAGGAGAGCCCGGAGCUGCUUCCCAUCACCAUGGAGACCAACACGGAGGAGCCAUCCCAGGCGGCAGGGGGAGCCAGAGCCGUCAGCGCAGCCAUUGACAGGAUCGGCCUUUUGGGGAGCAGGCAGCAGCAGAAGCUUCUGGAAGUCCUCCGGGCCAUCGAAAGCGACUCUGCCCAUGUCAGCCGGGUGGCUUCACCAGCUGAGGAGCAGGUGCUGGCCCCAGAGGACAAGCUGGGGGUGAAAGAAGAGAUGAAAGAUGCCAUCUACGUGACGAUGGAAAUCCUGUCCAACUGGGGCAACCUGUCGUGGGUGGGCCUCACCGAAGUCGAGUUCUUUGACCUGGACAACACAAAGCUGUACGUGUCACCUCAUGACGUGGAUAUCCGUAACGCGGACACGCCGGGGGACCUGGGCCAGCUGGUCAACAGGAACUUGGCUAGCAAGAAAGACGCCUCCUUGUGGACCUGCCCCUUCCACCCGCCGCUGCAGCUCUUUUUCGUUAUCCGCAACACGAGAAGGCUGCAUGCCUUUGGUCUGGCCAAGAUCAAGGUUUGGAACUACUGGACAGCUGAUGGCGAUCUUGACGUUGGUGCGAAGAACGUGAAGCUUUAUGUCAACAAAAGCCUCAUCUUUGAUGGCCAGUUAGACAAAGGAGGUGGGGAGGCCCCGGCCAACCAGAGCAUCCCAGUCGGCCUGAAAAAUGAGCAGAUUGAGGGGGUGGAGAAUGGCUCUAAUGCCCCCUCGGAAGAAGGCAGAGGUGCCCAGAGGAUGGCCGGCACCGCUGGGGACGAGGAGCUCAGUGCCACUUGCUCACAGCCAGCCCGAGUAGCAGGGGAUGUGGCGGUUUCUUCACCAGGAACUUUAUUUGGUGAAAGCAUGAAUUCUCCUGGUUGCAUAAAAGACAGUUUGUCCAAGUUAGAGGACGAUGUCAGCUCGUCAGCAGCCCCAACCUCCGUGGGGGGCGAGCGUGCCCCUGCCCCCAGGCCCCCAGUGGAGUGCCCUCCGCUGGGCCAGGAGCUCUCACAGACUCUGCAGCUGGAAAACCUCCCAGGCAGGAAGGUCUCUGCACCAGGGAAAACCCCCGCCUGGCUACAACCCUCUUGCACAGGGAAAGGCAGGAGGCAGGGAGGCGGGAAGCCCAAACCCCUCUGGCUGUGCCCUGAGAAGCCACCCGAUGGGACGGACGGGCUUGUGCCGGAGGACGAGGACGUCUUCAGGGAGGGUCCUGUGGAGGCCGGGGAUGAAGGCCCCAGGCGCGAGCCAGGGCGGGCCAGCAGCCGGAAUGCCAUCUCAGAGGACCGAGCCCCGAGGGUGACCCCCAACGUCUGCAGGGAUGACUUUGACAUCUUUGAGCAGCCCUCCAACAGGGAGCGCCCCGCUAGUGGGAGGAGGGCCCGGAAGGAUGCCCUCAGCAGCAGUCACGGUGAUGGGCAACCAGCCGGCAGAGGAGAAGCCUGGUGCACCAGGCCGCCACCACGGCCCCAGUGGCGCAGCGAGCAGGAGCACACGCUGCACGAGUCCUGGAGCUCCCUCAGCGCCUUUGACCGCUCCCACCGGGGCCGCAUCUCCAACAUGGAAGUGCAGGGGGACAUCCUGGAUGAGUUCCUGCAGCAGCAGAGGAGCGGCCGGCAGGGCGCCCAGCCAGCCCCUGGCAGGGAGCAGCCGGAGCCGGAGCCCCGGGCUGGGCCGGACGACUGCAGAGACGCAGGCGACCCCAGCGACUUUAGAAUCCCCGUCUUGCCCUACGGGCGGCACUUGGUCAUUGACAUCAAGUCCACGUGGGGGGACAGGCACUACGUGGGCCUGAACGGAAUAGAAAUAUUCAGCUCCAAGGGAGAGCCCGUGCAGAUCGCCAGCAUCCAAGCGGACCCCCCCGACAUCAACAUUCUACCAGCCUAUGGGAAGGACCCCCGGGUGGUCGGCAACCUCGUCGACGGGGUGAACAGGACCCAGGACGACAUGCACGUCUGGCUGGCCCCCUUCACGCCGGGCAAGUCCCACUCCAUCUCCAUCGACUUCUCGCACCCUUGCCACGUCGCCCUGGUCAGGAUUUGGAAUUACAACAAGUCGCGGAUCCAUUCCUUCCGCGGUGUGAGGGACGUCGAGAUCCUGUUAGACGCGCAGUGCAUCUUUAACGGAGAAAUCGCCAAGGCCUCCGGAACCCUGACGGGAGCCCCAGAGCACUUUGGAGACACAAUCUUAUUCACAACUGACGACGACAUUCUCGAGGCCAUAUUCCGCUCGGAUGAGACGUUUGACGUGGACACGGAGGGCCCGUGCAGCCUGCCGUGCGAGGAGGCCCUGCAGAGGCCCAGCACCGCGGACACUUUCCUGUCUCGUCAAACUCCUCCCCUACCAGCAAGAGCUUCUGGCAAGGACUCAGACAGGCGAGGGUUCCUGGGCCUGUUCAUGUUACCAGUCACGACCUCCACAGAGACAGAAAACACAACAAGGGACACAGGGACUUCCCUGGGGUGUGAGGUGGGCAGCAGCAGCUGGAAACAUCACCAGCCAGCUCUGUGGGUCACCCUUGCCUCUGCUUCUCCCCUAACCGGUGUGCAGGUCCCUGAAGUGGAGCUGCCACCCAGCGCCCCUGUGCCUGAAGUCACCACUCCGGAACCGGGCGUCUACCACGGGAUCUGCCUUCAGCUGAAUUUCACUGCCUCCUGGGGGGACCUGCACUACCUGGGACUCACGGGCUUGGAAGUGGUGGGCAAGGAUGGCCAGGCCCUGCCCAUCAGCCUGCACCAGAUCUCCGCCUCCCCCAGGGACUUAAAUGACCUCCCCGAGUACACGGAUGACUCCCGGACCCUGGACAAGUUAAUCGAUGGAGCCAACAUCACGAUGGAGGAUGAGCAUAUGUGGCUGAUCCCCUUCUCGCCGGGGCUGGACCACGUGGUCACGAUCCGCUUCGACAGAGCAGAGAGCAUCGCGGGCCUGCGCUUCUGGAACUACAAUAAAUCUCCCGAGGACACCUAUCGAGGGGCCAAAAUCGCCCACGUCUCCCUGGACGGCCUGUGCGUCUCCCCUCCAGAGGGCUUUCUCAUCCGCAAGGGGCCCGGCAACUGCCACUUUGAUUUUGCUCAAGAAAUCCUCUUUGUGGACUACCUGCAGGCUCGGCUCCGGCCCCCGCCGGCCCAGAGGCUCAACACGAAAAGCCUGGAGCGGGCGAGCAUGGACUACGAGGCCCCGCUGAUGCCCUGCGGCUUCAUUUUUCAGUUUCAGCUCCUGACCAGUUGGGGUGACCCCUAUUACAUCGGCCUCACCGGCCUCGAGCUGUACGAUGAGCGGGGAGAGAAGAUCCCUCUGUCGGAAAACAACAUCGCUGCCUUCCCCGACAGCGUGAACUCCCUGGAGGGCGUGUGUGGGGACGUGCGGACCCCUGACAAGCUCAUCGACCAAGUGAAUGACACCAGUGACGGCCGGCACAUGUGGCUGGCCCCCAUCCUGCCUGGCCUGGUGAACCGGGUCUAUGUGAUUUUCGAUCUGCCUACCACCGUGUCGAUGAUCAAACUGUGGAAUUACGCGAAGACUCCCCAUCGAGGGGUGAAGGAGUUUGGCCUCCUGGUGGACGACUUGCUUGUGUACAACGGGAUCCUGGCCAUGGUGGGCCACCUGGUGGGGGGCAUCCUGCCCACGUGCGAGCCCACGGUGCCCUACCACACCAUCCUCUUCACCCAGGACAUGGACAUCCACCACCAGGAGAAACACACCGCCAUCAGCGGCCACGUGGAGGACCAGGACGUCCAGAUGAUGAACGAGAACCAGAUCGUAACCAACGCCAAGAAGAAGCAGAGCAUCGUCGACCCAGCCUUACGCCCCAAAACCUGCCUGAGCGAGGAGACAGCAAGACGGCGGCGGUGCUGACCGGAAGGAGGGAGCGCUGGUCCUCAGCACGCGUGGGCUCCCUCACUGGCCCUGCUCAGCACCAUGUCCCCCUUGGUCCUCAGUGCAGCCCAGACCCCAGCGCUGGAAGAGAGCUGCGGCGCGGAGGGAGCCGCUGAGGAGAAGGGACUCGAGGGGAGAGGGCCUGGAAAAGACGGGCGACACGCGGAGGAGGCAGGGCUGCUGCAGGGCCAGGGCCUUCCGCUCUCCCAUAAGAUCCAGCAAAACAGGCAGCAUCCACUCAGCCCCGUCCUGGUUCCCUGAGCCAGGUCUGGCUGGGCCGGGACAGGGAGGUGGGCUGGCGAGGCCUCCAUCCAGCCUGGAGCCAGGCUGAGCACAGCACAGGGCCCAGGCCUCAGAUACCAGCGCUCCAGAGGUGUGCCCGGGGGCUUCACCAGCAGCCCCUCCCCAGGCACAUCCCUGCCUCAUCUGGGGGCUGGCAGAGCUGCCUGGGAGGGUGGACUCUUCCCUGGACCCUCAUGUUCAGCCAGGACUGCUGCCACCCUCACUCAUCCUGCCAGGGCCCGCGGGAGAGGACAGAUCCCUCAGAGGACCUGCUUCUGCAGGCUGCCCCCUGGGCGAGCUGGAAGGGGCUGGCCAAAGGCACAUGUCGCUGAGGAAAGGAAGGGAGUGGGCCCACUGUGCCGAGCCGGGCCCACAUGGCAUGCCCGGCCCUCGUCCUGCCCAGAUAGGACCGGCAGGUGGGCAGCUGCAGACCCAGCGGGCAGCGGGGGCCCAUCCAGAAGCCUCUGGCUGGAAGGCAGGGAGUGGAGGACCAGGGCCGGCCCCACCCGCAGCCCCAGAGGCUCACCUUCCCCGUGAGCUCCAGAGAGGCCUCACUGCUCCCUACCCGGCUGGAGUCUGCAGGCUUCUCUCGCUGGUUCUUUGGUCCGUGGCCCGCCCCAGAGCCAGGAGUGGGGGUCUCGCUGCCCAGGCCCCCACGCUCCUCCCUCUUCCAGCGGCUUCCCAGCAAGUUGGAGACGUGCCUUGCACCCCGCCGAGCGGAGCCCGGAGCACAUCUAUUUCCAUCUAUGUAACGAGCUCGGAUCAGGGACCUAAUUGCUUUCCCAGUGGUGGGUAAUUUCUCGUUCCCAAUAUUAAUCCGUUGUUUUCCUGGCGCCAGGCCCGGCCCGCGUUACUGUACUGCGAGUGCGUUCCUAUGCAACCGAGAGCCUGCAGAUACUUUCCGAGCUUCGAGGCCUCCUUGGGCAGCUGUGCAAAUGCGCUUUUCAUUCGGAGCGCGGGGUCCAUGUGAAGAUAAGGACUUGUUUCUCCCCAAGAGAAUCCAUCAUUUCUGUAGCUUCCAAGCCCCCACCUCUCUGCUCUCCUCCCAGACGUGGCGCGCCUCUGGGACCGGGCUCCCAGGAGAGCUGACGCCGCUGGGGCUGAUCAGUCCAGCUCUCAGUGCCCGAGACGUGCCAGGCCUUUCCAGGGAGCCGCCGUCCGUCCGCGCCCGAGGCACGGGCACAGGUCAGAUUCCCGGGAACAUUGCCCAGACCCGGCACUCGCCCUGGGUCUCAGCUGAUGUUUAUAGUAAUUGUGUGCACCAUGCAAUUUCGGAGGAAAGAACCGCUGUGACAGGCAUUAGCUCUAAAAUAAAUUUCUAUUUUUUUCUCUUGCAAAAUCAAUAAGAGAUGUUAUUAAGAACACGUUGGCACGCUGGGCUUGGGGUCGGAGGUGGCCCAUGCUGCCUCCAGGAGCUGAGCCAGAGUCCACGGAAGGCUGGCCCGUGGCGCGGGCAUGUCCCUCUGAGCGUCCUUUCCCCGCCUGCGAGCGGGGGUCCUGG